AUGCCUACACCAACAAAUAAUAAAUCAGGUGGUGUAAUGGAUAAUGGUCAUGAACCAGCUGAAAUGAAAUAUUUACGUUCAACCGAUAUGACUUCAAAAGAUAGUAUUACAGAUGCAACAACAGCUAAUGAAUGGGCAGCAAAAAAAUUUGUUUGGGUACCUGAUGAACAUGAAGGUUUUAUUCGUGGUCAAGUACGACAAGAACAAAUGGAUGGACAAUUAUUAGUUGAUUUAGAAAAUGGUAAACGUGUUACAAUACAUAAAGAUGAUACACAACGUGUAAAUCCACCAAAAUUUAGUAAAAUUGAAGAUAUGUCAGAAUUAACUUGUUUAAAUGAUGCAUCGGUAUUAUAUAAUCUUAAAGAACGUUAUUAUUCAGGUUUGAUUUAUACAUAUUCGGGUUUAUUUUGUGUUGUUGUUAAUCCAUAUAAACGUUUACCAAUUUAUUCUGAAAAUGUUAUUGAAAUGUAUAAAGGAAAAAAACGUGAACAAAUGCCACCACAUAUAUUUGCAAUAGCUGGUGAUGCAUAUCGUUUAAUGUUACAAAAUCGUGAAGAUCAAUCAAUAUUAUGCACAGGUGAAUCUGGCGCUGGUAAAACUGAAAAUACAAAAAAAGUUAUUCAAUAUUUGGCUUAUAUUGCUGCUGCACCGAAAAGUUCACAACGUCAACCGGCAACUACAAUUACUCAAUAUCAACAACAAAUGAAUGCAAAUAAAAUGAGCGAUGCGUCCGGUGAACUUGAAUCACAACUUCUUCAAGCAAAUCCAAUUCUUGAAGCAUUUGGUAAUGCAAAAACAGUUAAAAAUGAUAAUUCAUCACGAUUUGGUAAAUUUAUUCGUAUUAAUUUUGAUACAUCGGGUUUUAUUGCUGGUGCAUCAAUUGAAACAUAUUUACUUGAAAAAUCUCGUACUAUACGUCAAGCUAAAGAAGAACGAACAUUUCAUAUAUUUUAUCAAUUAUUACGUGGUGCUAAUACAAAAAUGAUUACAGAUUAUUUAUUAGAAGAUUUUAGUCGUUAUCGUUAUUUAACACAUGGUAAUGUAGCAAUACUAGGUGUUGAUGAUAGUGAAGAAUUUCAAAAUACAGUUAAAGCUAUGCAAAUAAUGAAUAUGUCAAGUGAUGAUUUAAAUUCAAUAUUUCGUACAAUAUCAGCUGUUUUACAAAUGGGUAAUAUGCAAUUUAAACAAGAACGUAAUAGUGAUCAAGCAACAUUACCUGAUGAUACAGUUGCACAAAAAGUUUGUCAUCUAUUGGGUAUACCUGUAACAGAUUUUGUACGUUCAUUUUUAAAACCAAAACUUAAAGUUGGAAGAGAUUUUGUUACAAAAGCACAAACACAAGCUCAAGUUGAUUAUGCUGUUGAAGCUAUAUCAAAAGCAGUUUAUGAACGUAUGUUUAAAUGGAUUGUAACACGUAUUAAUAAAUCUCUUGAUCGAAGUAAACGACAAGGUUCAUCAUUUAUUGGUAUACUUGAUAUAGCUGGUUUUGAAAUAUUUCAAUUAAAUUCAUUUGAACAAUUAUGUAUAAAUUAUACAAAUGAAAAACUUCAACAAUUAUUUAAUCAUACAAUGUUUGUUCUUGAACAAGAAGAAUAUCGUCGAGAAAAUAUUGAUUGGGAAUUUAUGGAUUUUGGUCUUGAUCUUCAACCAACAAUUGAUCUUAUUGAAAAACAAAUGGGUAUUUUAAGUUUAUUAGAUGAAGAAUGUUGGUUUCCAAAAGCAACCGAUCGAACAUAUGUGGAUAAAUUAAUAAAUGCACAUGCUCAACAUCCAAAAUUUGGAAAACCAAAUUAUAAAGCACCAGCUGAUUUUAGUAUAAUUCAUUAUGCUGGUAAAGUUGAAUAUUCAGCUGAACAAUGGUUGAUGAAAAAUAUGGAUCCAUUAAAUGAUAAUGUUGUUGCACUUUUACAAACAGCAAAUGAUCCAUUUACACGUGAAAUAUGGAAAGAUGCUGAAAUUGUUGGUUUAUCAGCAGCAGAUCCGAAUGAUGCAACAUCAAAUUUAAAAGCUAAUAUUAAAAAAGGAAUGUUUAGAACAGUUGGUCAACUUUAUAAAGAACAAUUAACAAAAUUAAUGGGUACAUUAAAAAAUACAAAUCCAAAUUUUGUUCGAUGUAUUUUACCAAAUCAUCAUAAAAAGGCUGGUGUUAUUCAUUCACCACUUGUACUUGAACAAUUAAGAUGUAAUGGUGUACUUGAAGGAAUUCGUAUUUGUCGAAAUGGUUUUCCUAAUCGAAUUUUAUUUCAAGAAUUUCGUCAACGUUAUGAACUUCUUUGUCCAAAUGUUAUUCCAAAAGGAUUUAUGGAUGGUAAAGCUGCAUCACAAAAAAUGAUCAAAGAACUUGAACUUGAUGAUAAUCUUUAUCGAAUUGGUCUUACAAAAAUCUUCUUUCGUUCAGGUGUACUUGGUCAUUUAGAAGAAGAACGUGAUCUUAAAUUAACUGAUAUAAUAACACAACUUCAAGCAUUAUGUCGUGGUGUACUUGCUCGAAAAAAUUAUCAACGACGUAUUCAACAAUUAAAUGCUAUUCGUGUUAUUCAACGUAAUGGUCGUGCAUUAAUGAAAAUUCGUAAUUGGAAAUGGUGGCGUUUAUUUACAAAAAUAAAACCAUUAUUACAAGUUACAAGACAAGAUGAAGAAUUAACACAAAAACAAGAAGAAAUACGUCGAAUGAAAACUGAAAUGGAAUCACGUACAUUACAAGUACAAGAAACGGAACAACAAUUACAAAUGAUACAACAAGAACGAACUGUUAUUAAUGAACGUCUUAUACAUUUAACUGAAGCUUUAGUUGAAUCAGAUGAAAAUUUACGACGAGUACAAACACGUAAAAUGGAACUUGAAAAUAUGGUACAAGAAAUAGAACAACGUUUAGAAGAAGAAAUGGAACGAAGUAAUGGAUGGACAAAUGAAAGAAAACAAUUAGAACAAAAAUUACAAGAUAUAACUGAACAACUUGAAGAAGAAGAACAUGGUCGACAAAAAUUACAAAUUGAACGUGUACAAUUUGAAGGGAAAAUAAAAAAUUUUGAAGAUAUUGUUGCUAGUCAACAAAAUGAACUUAAUAAAUUACAAAAAGAACGUAAAUUUCUUGAUGAUAAACUUCAAGAAGUUGUUCAUCAACAACAAGAUGAAGGAGAAAAAUUAAAAAAUCUUCUUCGAAUUAAAACUAAACAAGAAAGUCAAUGUGCUGAUCUUGAAGAACGAUUAAAACGUGAAAUUGAACUUCGUCAAAAAUUAGAACGUGAAAUACGUCGUCUUGAAGGUGAAGUUCAAGAACUUCGUGAACAAUUACAAGAUCGUAUGCAACAAAUACAUGAUUUACAAGUACAUUUAGCACGACGUGAAGAAGAAUUAACACAAGCUGUAACAAAUAUUGAAACAGAAGCAGCAACAAAAGUAACAUUUCAACGUCAAAUACGUGAAUUUCAAACAAGUAUACAAGAUUUACAAGAUGAUAUGGAAAGUGAAAAAGAAUCACGUAAACGUUUAGAACGUGAAAAACGUGAAUUAAUGGAAGAAAAUGAAUCAUUACGUAAUGAAUUACUUGAUCGUAAAGAUAUAAAUCAAGUUAUGCUUGAACGUGAAAAAAAACGUGACGAAGAAGUUUUAACAUUAAAACGUACAUUAGAACAAGUACAUGAAGAACGUGAAUCAAUUAUAGGUGAAUUACGUUUAAAAUAUACAAAACAAAUUGAAGAUUUAACAAGUCAAUUUGAAAAUACUAAAAAACAAUUUCAAACAUUAGUUAAAGAUCGUCAACAACAACAAUCCGAUAUAACUGAUCGUGAUAAUGAAAUAAAAAAUUUAAAUAUACAAAAACAAGAUAUUGAACGUAAACGUCGACAAUUAGAAACAUAUGUACAAGAACUUCAACAUAAAUAUAAUGAAAGUGAACGUUUAAAAAAUGAAAAUUUUGAUAAAUUACAACGUUAUCAACAAGAUAUUGAAUCAAUAAAUGCAGCAUUUAUUGAAAUUGAACAACGUGCACAAAAUUAUGAACGUACAAUAACAAUGUCAAGACAAGAUAUACAAGAAUUACAAGAAAAUCUUCAAGAAGAAAAUCGUCAAAAAAUGAAUACAUUAGCAAAACUUCGUCAAACAGAAGAUUUAAUUAGUGAAUUUAAAGAUCAAUUAGAUGAUAAAGAAGAAGAACGUCAUAAAAUGGAAAGUAAAGUUUUACAAUUAACACAACAAAAUACAGAAUUACGUCGACAAGCUGAACAAGUUAAUGUUGAACAAAUGGAAGAAUUACGUCGACAAUUACAACGUGACAAAGAAACAAUAUUAAAACAAUUUGAUGAUGAAAAAUUAUUAAAUACAAAAUUAACAAAAUCAAAUCAAAAAUUUACUAAUGAUAUUGCUGAUAUAACUGUUGAAUUAGAACGUUAUCGUACAAUUGUACAAAAUGUUGAAAAACAACAACGUUCAUUUGAUAAACGUAUACAAGAUGAAAAAAUUUUACAAGAUAAAUUAAGACAAGAACGUGAUCAAAAUGAACGUGAAAUACGUGAAAAAGAAACACAACGUUUAAAUUUAUUAAGAGAUUUAGAAGAAAGAAAUUUAGCAUAUGAUGAUUUAGAAAAACGUUUUAGACAAUUACGUGCUGAACUUGAUGAUAUGCUUUCAACAAAAGAUGAUAUUGGAAAAAAUAUUCAUGAAUUAGAAAGAAUUAAAAGAGCACUUGAAUCAACUGUUGACGAACAAAAACAACAAAUAAUUGAACUUGAAGAUGAAUUACAAACAGCUGAAGAUGCACGUUUACGUUGUGAAGUUAAUAUUGGUGCACUUAAACAACAAAUGGAAAAACAUGCACAUGAAAAUAAUGAACAAAUUGAAGAUCGUAUACGUUCAUUAAAUAAACAAUUAAAAGAAUAUGAAUUAGAACUUGAUGAAGAAAGAAAAUCUAAACAACAAAUCCUUCAACAACGUAAAAAAAUUGAAAUUGAUCUUCAAGAUUCACGUAUACAAAUUGAUGAAGCUAAUAAACAAAAAGAAGAAGCAUUACGUAAUACACGUCGAUUACAAGUAAUCAUUAUAUAUUACUUUAUUUUAGGUGCAUUUAUUGAUGAAAAACGUCGACUUGAAGCACGUAUAGUACAACUUGAAGAAGAAUUAGAAGAAGAACAAACAAAUACAGAAAUAAUUGGUGAUAAACAUAAAAAAUUAGCAAUAACUGUUGAACAACUUAUGCUUGAUCUUGCUGCUGAAAAAGCCAAUAAUCAAAAAGCUGAAGCUGUACGUAGUAAUCUUGAACGACAAAAUCGAGAAUUACGUGAAAAACUUGAAGAAAAUGAAGAAUUUGGUAAAGGAAAAUCAAGAGCUAUGCUUGGAGCACUUGAAGCUAAAGUUCAUGCACUUGAAGAACAACUCGAUGGCGAAGUUCGAGAAAAACAAAAGAUUAGUCGAAGUGUUCGUACACUUGAAAAACGUCUUCGUGAUGCAACUGCUGUUGCUGAUGAAUCUCGAAAACAAUCAGAUGCUUAUAAAGAACAAGCUGAAAAAGCAAGUGUACGUGUACGUAAUAUGAAACGAAGAGAAGAAGAAUUAGAAGAAGAAGUAACACAAAUGAAACAACGCUUACGUAAAGCAUUACGAGAAAAAGAUGAAUUUGAAGAAAAUCCAGCUUAUCAACGAACACGUCCUUCAACAGCGCAUAGUUCUUCAACAUCUUACGUUCGAACACUUGUAACAUCAACAAAAUAUUAUUCCGAAUUAUCUGAUGAUGAUUUACAAUCUGAAGCAACAAACGCAAGUGUAUCAGAGACACUUAAUGGUGGUAAUUCAACAAUGCGAAACAGUGCUAUUGGCGAUUUAAACAAUGGCAAUCAUUGA